GUGGCAGCAACUUGCUGGAGGUCUCCGGGUGGCAUCGCCCUGCCCUGCCAGUCGCUCGGCGGGGCCCCGGGAGGAUGAGGUCGUCCUGCGUGCUCCUCACCGCUCUGGUGGCGCUCGCCGCCUACUACGUCUACAUCCCCCUGCCCAGCUCUGUGUCGGACCCCUGGAAGCUCAUGUUGGUCGACAGCGUUUUCCGGGGCGCACAGCAAGUGAGUAACAUUAUCCACUACCUGGGACUGAGCCAUCAUCUGCUGGCGUUGAAUUUUAUCAUCCAUUCUGCUGUCAAGAAAAGUGCAUGGUCAAGUCCUCUAGUGAAGGUGACAGAUACCGAAUUUGAUGGUGUAGAAGUCAGAGUGUUUGAAGGCCCUGCAAAGCCAGAAGAGCCACUGAAGCGCAGCAUGAUUUUUAUGCAUGGAGGUGGCUGGGCCGUGGCAAGUGCAAGUAUGUCCUUCCCAUGGUUUGAGUCUUCUGAAGUCAGCUACUAUGAUGAACUGUGUACAGAAAUGGCCGAGGAAUUAAAUGCUGUUGUCAUCUCAGUUGACUACAGGCUAGUUCCAAAGGUUUAUUUUCCUGCACAAGUCCAGGACGUUGAACGAGCCACAAAAUAUUUCCUGCAGCCAGAAGUUUUACAGAAGUAUUCAGCUGACCCAAACAGAGUUGGUAUUUCUGGUGACAGUGCUGGGGGAAAUCUGGCUGCGGCCGUGGCCCAACAGUUUAAUCAAGAUGCCAACUUCAAAAACAAGCUCAAAGUGCAAGCUUUAAUUUACCCAGUUCUUCAAGCUUUAGACUUUAACACACCCUCUUACCAGCAAAAUGUGAACACCCCCAUCCUACCCCGAUAUAUCAUGGUAAAGUACUGGAUAGACUACUUCAAAGGCAACUACGACUUUAUCCAGGAGAUGAUAGCUAACAAUCACACUUCACUUGAUGUGCAUGAGGUCGCUGCUCUCCGUGCCCGGCUAAACUGGACCUCACUCUUAUCUGAGUCCAUUAAAAAGAACUACAAACCAGUGCUACCAACUACUGGCAAUGCCAGGAUCAUCAAGGAGAUCCCUCAGCUGCUGGAUGCCCGUUCUUCCCCACUCAUCGCAGAGCAGGAAGUUCUGCAGCACCUCCCCAAAACUUACAUUCUGACAUGUGAGCAUGACGUCCUACGGGAUGAUGGAAUCAUGUAUGCAAAGCGCCUGGAGAGUGCAGGUGUGGAGGUCACCCUUGAUCACUUUGAGGAUGCUUUCCACGGGUGCAUGAUUUUCACCAGAUGGCCAACACACUUCUCAGUGGGAAUUCGGACUAGGAAUAGUUUUUUCAAAUGGCUAAAAGAAAAUCUGUAAAGGAAUAACAUGCCUAGAAUUCUUGAGCCCCUCUGAACCUCCUGUACUUGCUUUGGAAACACAUGCACUUUUCAGUCAGCUAAUUUCCUCUUGUCAUUUAGAAGUUGUGAAAUCUCUACUCCCUCAGGACUUUUUCCUGAAUAAAAAAAAUUUU